GUGGAGGAGUCUGAUUCUUUUUAAGCAAACUUUUCAGUACUGCUGGUUUCCUUUCCCACUGCUGUGGAGGAUCCAGACUAAAAGGAGUUAAGAGGGACUCUCAGCCACUUCUUGUCUGAAGCACAGGUCCAGACCCAGCUGCCAUCAUGUCCAGCAAACGCGCCAAGGGAAAGACCACCAAGAAGCGGCCUCAGAGGGCCACCUCCAACGUCUUCGCCAUGUUCGACCAGUCUCAGAUCCAAGAGUUCAAAGAGGCGUUCAACAUGAUCGACCAGAACAGAGACGGUUUCAUCGACAAGGAGGAUCUGCAUGACAUGCUGGCCUCUUUGGGUAAGAACCCCUCUGAUGAGUACCUCGAAGGGAUGAUGAGCGAAGCACCGGGGCCCAUCAACUUCACCAUGUUCCUCACCAUGUUUGGAGAGAGGCUCAACGGGACGGACCCCGAGGACGUCAUCCGUAACGCCUUCGCCUGCUUCGACGAGGAGGGGUCUGGGGUGAUCCACGAGGACCACCUGAGGGAGCUGCUGACCACCAUGGGCGAUCGAUUCACAGACGAGGAGGUGGACGAGCUGUUCCGCGAGGCGCCCAUCGACAAGAAGGGCAACUUCAACUACGCCGAGUUCACUCGCAUUCUCAAACACGGAGCAAAAGACAAGGAUGAUGAGUAGAGGCACCCCCGCCUCCUCUGCCCCCCAGCAGUAGUUUGUCUUUCUGAAACAGGGCAAAUGUCAAUUAUUUCCAAUGACUGGGAUAAACUCGAUGUUUUAGACACCGGUGUGUGCCUGGGGGGUGGGGGUCUGUUUGGACUUUGCUUCAGUGUUUCUACAGAACCAGCCAUGUUUACCCCCCUGUUCUGCCAGUUUGCUACUGCCCUUUACACAAACACUGCAGCCUCUUUGUAAUGUCCUCGUACAGUUUGAAAACAAAUGAUUGUGAUAACUGUUCACACCUGUUAAUGAUUAUAAUUGUCUGAGUUUUUAUUGUUCUGUCAGCUGCUUUUUCUUGAAGGAUGAAUUGAAAAGUCUUUAAACUGCUCUGGCAAAUAAAAUGUUUGUAUCGAGUUUGGGUCGUCUCUACCAGAGAACAAUUAGGAUGAUUUCAUUCGGGCACUCAUAAUGCCAUCACUGUGUUUGGGUCCUGCAGAGCUUAAAUGCAAAAUUUGUUACCCUGUUCAGUUGGAUCAUUUUGCAGCAAUUYCCAAAWAAACAGACAURCAAGUU